CCCCCCUCCCCCUCUCUCUCUGUCUCACACACACACACUCUCUCUCUUUCUCUCUUUCUCUCUCUCUCUCUCUCUCUCUCUCCCUCGCCUGCUGUUCUCAUAUCUCUGCCAGCUAGGUUCGGAUCUUCUUUAUAGUCUCAUCCAUCCCCAUCUCGGUGCAGACUUUCUGGGACUUGGAACUUCUGGCAUCCAUAAUUGGCAUACUUGUUCCCCUUUGGAGUGAAAGGUAAGUGUCUGCUUGUCCGUGCGUCCCUUCUUAUUCCGCCUCACCUUAACUUCCCGUUCUUCUCACAUUCUUGUAUACGCACACGCACACACACUCUCUCCCUCAUUCGUUUCUCACACACCUACCUUCAAACACCCACGUACCCAGUCCCCCCCCCC